GCCUUUCCCUGAAACUAUUGUCAAAUACCAAAUGGACUGGAGAGGCUUGCUGACUUUAAGUUCAUCCUAAAUAACUAUGCAGCCUUAUUGCAAAUACAACGAUAAGAGUAAACGGUGCGUUACCUGGUUUAAUCAGGUUUGCGCCGAUUGUCGCUCGCAGUUCCCGUCAAGCGGCGUCAAUCAACGCCUCAAGGAAGGUGGCCAGAAAUCGAAGGUUGGCCUAAUAAGCGCCGAGGAGUGUUACAGAUCGAUUAAAAGAAGCACCGAGCUUCUGGCUACAGACGGCUAUGACAAGGAUGAAGUCUGGUGGAAAGUGCCGCUCAUUUUGCUAGUCUUAGGCUGUAUCCUGGUAUUUUCAAUUGUCACCUGCCUGGUCUGCCAGAAGGUGGUAAAAACAGUGCAGGAGCGUAUGUCACAACAUGUUGAUUUUAAUGUGUGUGAGUCCAAAAAGAAACGCAACGUUUGCCGGAGAAGGAAGCGACCCCCGCCUCCGCAACGUACUUCAUCCUGUGACGAUCGAAAGCUCAGCUCCAAGUGCUCCUGCGCGCCAAAAUCGAUUAUCAGUCAACCAGCCUCUCGAUGUAAUUAAAAAAUCCUAAUUUAUGAAGGCAGAUAUCUCAGUUAAUAUGUCCAUAUAAUUGUAUGUAUUAUUGUGGCUUGUACUUUUGAUCGCGUCCAUUUAUUUU